UAAACACACCUGCAUUCAUAAUACUAAUAUUGAAGUCUCAAUUCUUUUCAUCACUUGGAAAGAGUAGGAAAGAAAAGAAAAAGAAUCAAGAGAGUACUAAUGUAUAUGUGUAGGGGAACCAUUCUGCUUAAAUGUUUUGCAUUAAUCAUCUUUCUGCAAACAUGCAAUGCUAGGAAAAGCAAACACUACCACUGUCCUCCUUCUGCUUGUGGCCAUAUCCGUAACAUAAGCAACCCUUUUCGCUUAAACACUGAUCCAAAAGAUUGCCGUUAUCCAGGAUAUGAAUUAACUUGUGAAGGUAACCAAACACUUAUGUGGUUAUUCUCUGUGAAGUUGCACGUUCAAGGCAUCAACUAUGAUAACAAGACAAUUCGCCUGGUAGAUCCAACUUUACAAACACAAGAUGAUCUAUGCUCUUUCAGAUCUCAGUUUAACUUCAACAAGUACUAUACUAUCAUUGACUCAUAUUAUUAUAGUUAUGAUUAUACUAAAACAUUUUUAGACCCAAUCUUCAUGUUCAACUGUCCAUUUGCUGUGAAUAAUUCCGCAUUUGUGGAAAUUAGUGGCUGCAAAUUAAGCAGAUACACUUAUUUAAAGAUUGGAGAAACGAAUGCAUCAGAAGUCAAUGAUGGAUGCAGAGUACAAUUUAUAGGCCUGACCUCAUGGCCUAAUAUUAAAGAUGCAGAGAACAACAUUUCCCUUUCUGAUUUUCAUCAAGCAAUCCUCUACGGAUUUGAGCUUCGUUAUUAUAUGUGGAGUUCUCCACAAAAAAAAAGUGAUAUUGAACAGCUUUUCUGGAUCAGUCUGUCGAUAGUUGAGUAUUUCGUAUUUAAGCGCCAGAUUUAUGGACGAAAUUGGAUAAGGACCAUUCUGUCGCUACUUCUGUAUGUCAUGGCGUAUUUUGGAAUAAAAUUUGUGAUAGGCCUUCCGUUUGUAGUUGUAUUUCUGGUGAUCAAAUUCAAAAGGAGGCAUUUGUCGAUGUAUGAUACGAUUGAAGGGUUUUUACAAUCACAAAAUAAUUUCAUGCCAAUCAGAUAUAAUUACUCCCACAUAAAGAGAAUGACAAGAGGAUUCAAAGAGAAAUUAGGUGAGGGAGGUUAUGGCAGUGUAUACAAAGGAAAGCUUCAAAGUGGAAGGGAUGUGGCAGUGAAGAUGUUAAGCAAGCCUAAAUCUGGUGGGCAAGAUUUUAUGAAUGAAGUAGCUAGCAUUGGAAGGAUUCAUCAUGUCAAUGUGGUUGGACUCGUGGGAUAUUGUGUUGAGGGAACUAAGCGUGCUCUUGUAUACGACUUCAUGCCCAAUGGAUCACUCGACAAGUAUAUUAGCAUCAGUGAAGAAGGAAGUCCUCUGUUAAGUUGGCAGAGGAAGUAUGACAUUAUUCUUGGAGUGGCUCGAGGAACUGGAUAUUUGCAUCGAGGCUGUGAUGUACAAAUUUUGCAUUUUGACAUCAAACCACACAACAUUCUUUUGGAUGAGAAUUUCAUUCCAAAGAUUUCUGACUUUGGGCUUGCAAAAUUAUAUCCACCAGGUAAUAGCAUAGUGACUCUCACAGCUGCUCGAGGAACGAUUGGCUAUGUAGCUCCAGAGUUGAUCAGCAGAAGCAUCGGGGAAAUCUCUUACAAAGCUGAUGUUUACAGCUUUGGAAUGCUGCUCAUGGAAAUGCUCGACUUGAAAAGACCUGAAGUUGCAAAUGAAGAGAAUUCCAGCCAAUAUUUUCCUUAUUAUAUUUACGAUAAGUUCAACAAGGGGAAGGAGAUUGUGGUGGAUGAAGAAGCAAAUGAUGAUGAAAAGAAGAUGGCUAGAAAGCUCGCUUUAGUUGCGUUAUGGUGCAUACAAACAAAUCCGAUACAACGCCCUUCGAUGAGUAGAGUAUUAGAAAUGCUUGAAGGUGAAGUUGAAGUGCUAGAAGUACCUCCUCAGCCUCUUCAAUCUCAACCGAUUGUUCAUCAGAUCAUGGGAAGUUCUAUGACAUUUUCUUCUGAUUCAAUGGCUUUGUUAGAAAAUACGGCUGAUAAUCUCGUUGAAGUAGACAUUUCUUCUGAUUGACCAUAGUUGAUGUAAUAUUUAUGUGAAACAAAUAGCCCAGCCAACAAUGUUUGGGACAAAGGGUGUUGUUGCAAUUGUUGUCCUAGUUUAAAAACA